AUGACAAGCAACGACCAGUAUGUCCUAGUAACCGGCGCAAACAGUGGCCUCGGUCUAGGUACCUGCUGUCGGCUCAUCGACGAAUAUCUUGCGACUCACAAGUCCGACGAGCGCACCUUGACCAUCGUCUUCACCACGCGAAGUGCCCGCAAGGGUGCUGACACUCUCGCCGCUCUCGAGAAGCACCUCGCCAGACACACGCGCCCUUCAAAGUCGGCCCGUCGCAGGAUCUACUUCCAGCCGGAAAAUGUCGAGUUGACGAGUCUCCUCUCCGUCCGCGCCCUCAGUCGCAAACUCCUCACCUCGGACCUCCCUCAUCUCAAUGCAAUCGUCCUGAAUGCCGGCAUUGGAGGCUGGUCAGGCCUCAACUGGCCCGAGACCCUGUGGUCGUGCUUGACGCAGAUCAGGCAGGCUACAACAUGGCCAACCUACAAGCUCGGACUGGUGGGACUGGUCACAAAGCCCCAGUUCCCACCAGAGUCUGAGGCGGGCGAGGAACCUCUCCUCGGCGAGGUGUUCUGCGCCAACACCUUUGGGCACUACAUGCUGGUGCAUUGGCUCAUGCCCCUGUUCCGUGCAUGUCCAGGGGAGUCUCCCGGCAAGAUCAUCUGGUCGACGUCCAUCGAAGCCGACUCGCACCACUAUCACCCCGAAGACCAUCAGGCCUUGAAGUCGGAUGCGGCGUACGAGCAUACAAAGAGGAUGGGAGACCUGCUGGCCCUCACUGCGGCAAACCAGCCGGCAACAGCGAAGCAGGUCACAGAGUACACCGCACCGUCAACUUCGCUGGGCUCAAGCAGGUCACGAUCCGUCGAGUCAGAUCCAGUCUUUUUACUCUCCCAUCCGGGAAUCUGCACCACCACCAUCAUCAGCCUCUUCUGGAUCGUCCAUGAAUGCUACCGCCUCGGAAUCUAUCUCGCUCGCUGGUUCGGGUCACCGUGGGCGAAUGUGACGGCCUACCUCGGUGCUGCCUCGGCGACAUGGCUCGCUCUGGCAUCCCCUGCAGACAUCAAGGCAAAGCGACUCGAAGCGUUGGGCAACGACGGCGGAGGACCCUGCAAAUGGGGAUCCUCAGUGGACCGGUUGGGCCAUUCUUAUGUUCGCGUGACCGAUGUGGCGGGCUGGGGUCUCGACGGUUCAGGCAGGCCCUUCAGAGACAAAUGGUGGGGUGGCACUCUCGGACGGAAGACUGGCUCUACUGAUGCCACGGAGGAAGACGUGGCUGAGUUCAUCACACGGGGGGCACAAGUGUGGGACAAGAUGGAAGCUUUGAGACGGGACUGGGAGGUCAGGAUCGAGCAGUACGAGGCCAAGCAGGCGAUGAAGAGCAAUGGACAUGUAAAGCCAUGA